CACAUCUCUUCGCCAGCAACGACCCUCCUACAACCGUCGUACUCAUCUCAUCUUCCGUUCAUCUCGGUCUUUCUAGGAAUCAACACCAAAAAUCGCAGACCCGCGACACCGUUCAUCAAACCGAAUACCCUCGCCACUCGACUGCUACUACGCUACCGUAUCUAAGAGUCAUAAGCUCAACGACCAAGUGGCAACUUCGAUAAACCCCCCCCUCUCUCUCUCCCUCUCUCAACUCUAGGGCUUUGUAACCUCACAACAUCCUUCGCGCACCAUCUGGCCGCCCUCGAACCGUAUCGAUUCAAUACCCACGAUUCCGCUCUUCUCGCGCUCGGAAUCGCACCUUUAAACAAGCCGUGAUCCCAGAGACUCACAGCGAGGUGCUAUCCAAGUGCUGGAAGGGUCCCUUGCCUACCAUCUGCCCAUGAGUCACCUACUUUGGAAAUAUUACUGGGAAAACGAUGUCGACAGGUUUCGGCGUCUGCUCGUCCCGGCCGGCCAUACGGCGCAAACUGCGACAAGGAGCCCGGGCAUAGGUGCUGGACCCCUUGGGGGCAGUCCCGGACAAUACGGAACUUCUCCCCGGAAUCUUAAACAACGCAAAUCCUCCGCCGUCGGUUUCGGCCCAGCUGGAUCAAAGAAUGCCAAUAACGCUCUCGGAAAGGCUGAGAUCAACAGCCGUGAUCAUGCUGGCCUCACAGUACUGCUCCGCGCUGCUUCCUCGACAGAUUCGGCCGCCAUCCUCUUCGUCCAGGCCCUGCUCGACCACCCCUCGAUCGAUCUAUAUGUGCAAGACCCCGAGAGUGGCUGGAACGCUCUUCAUCGAGCACUCUACUGUGGAAAUAUCGCCAUUGCACGUCUACUGCUUGAACGAGAGCGCAAGAUCCUUACAGAGCAAACCCUCGGAGUCUCGGUCUCCAAGGUUGGGCAGUUGAUCAAGACGAAAGACCGCGAGGGCAACAGUCCUUUUGAUCUCUACAACUCAACCAUUGCUGUGCGAACACUGGGAGACUCUGGGGACCUCAACGACUCUGACAUCGACUCGGAUACAGACAGCACCUCAGAUGGAGGCCAGGCGUUGAUGAGAUCAGUCGCUGCACUCGAUGGCGCAGCGGAAGGCGAGGAAAUCUUUGUUUUUGGAAGCAACCGCAACAUCUCACUUGGUGUGGGCGACGAAGACGACCGGCAGUAUCCCGAGAGGAUCAGCCUAAAGCGGCCGGAUCAACUCAUCCGCAGAUUCUACCAAGAGUACCUGGAGAAGACCAAAGCUGUGUCUCAUGGUGCCAGCCUGCCGGAUGAAGAUGUGGACCUGGAAGAGAUUCCAGCCCUCAUCCGCAAUCGGCCUCUGCGGAUUCACGAUGCUGUUCUCUCAAAGCUGCAUACCGCCAUCUUGACAACUGACCCGGUUUCAAACUUGUACAUCUGCGGUGUUGGCCGCGGCGGGCGACUUGGGCUAGGCGACGAAAAUACGCAAUACCGCUUCGUGCCGGUACAAGGCGGUCUCGCCGACAAGAAGGUGGUGCAAGUUGCACUUGGCCAGAACCACACUAUGGCUGUCACGGAUGCUGGCGAGCUAUGGACCUGGGGCUCCAACAGCAACUCCCAGCUAGGAUAUGGCUUGCCGCCGCCAGCCAGACAAGACGAAGAACCGAUGAGCACCACCCCACGACAAGUGUUUGGGACACUCAAGAAGGAGGUAAUCCUGGGCAUCGCAGCAUCGGCCGUGCAUUCAGUCGCCCAUACCUCUUCGUCACUGUUUUGCUGGGGUAAAAACCUUGGUCAGCUGGCGCUGAUGGAUGCGGAUUCGAGAUCUUUGGAAGUCCAACAAACUCCCCGAAAAGUCGCAGCUUCGCUCUUCUCUUCGCCCAUCGCUGCAGUCUCCGCCGUAGAUAAAGCAACCACCGUCUUGCUGGCAGACAGCACCGUCUGCGUCUUUACGAGCUACGGUUACAACUUUGUCAAGUUUCCUUCCCCUGACGUCUUUGUAAAUCACCAGUUCACCGCAUCAAUGUCGACUAGGUACAGUACAGUACGGAAUCAGGUCAGCCGUAUCACAUCCGGCGGCGAAACGAUUGCGGCUGUCACUACGAGGGGCGAUCUCUUCACUAUGGCACUGAUCCACAAGUCGGAUGCGACUACGACGGCAACUUCUACGACAAAUCCAGCCAAGAUCAAGGGUGCCGUCACGACACCGCAAUGCGUGUGGAAUGCUCGGAAGGAUGGUGUCAAAUCCGUCAGUGUUGGAGAACACGGCGCUGUGAUCAUCUGCACAGAGUCUGGAGCGGUUUGGCGUCGUAUCAAGCGCGCUAAAGCGAAGGACGCUGCCACCCCGGGGUCAGCAGACAUCAAGAGAAAGGAUUUCAAGUUCCAGCGUGUACCGAGUAUCACCAAUGCUGUAGCUGUGCGAAGCUCCACCUUUGGUGCAUUCGCGGCAAUCCGCAAGGAUUGUGAUGUCAUGAAGGAACAAAUCAGCAUCAACGAGCAGUCGCUCUGGGAGGACUUCGCCUCCCUAUUCGCACUACGAGAGUUUCAGGCAUCGACGCCCAAACCCGGCGACAAAGACACAAUCGGUUUCUGGAAAGCCGAGGAGCUGAAGUAUCGGAUAGGGGAGCUGCCGUACGAACUCCUCAAGUCCGUGGAUCUAGAGCGUGACUUACAACAAUUUUUCCUAAUGUACCCGAACUCGGACGUUGACAUGGAGCUUCGCACCUCGUCAUAUCCAGAUGUCAAGAUUCCGGUGCACUCAUGGAUCUUGACUGCCCGAAGCUCUGUUCUGCGAAGUUUGCUCAGCGACUAUCGCAAUGGUGGUCAGGGGAACAUCCCGCAAGUGCUUAGUCUCGAAGAAGGAGAUGGGAGGACGAUAAUCACCCUCGAAUCGGUCGACCUGCUGUCUUUGAUGAAUUUGGCUGUUUAUCUUUAUGAUGACACCGUCGUCCCGGCAUGGAAUCACACUCGCCAAGCACCCGCUCUAGCCCACAGGUACCGCCAGGUCCGCAAUGAGCUGAUGAAGCUUGCGACGAAGCUUGACAUGAUGAAGCUGGAGUCGGCUGUCCGUCUGCAGACGACCGCGGAAAAAUCACUGGACAAGGACUUUGCCAAAGCCAUUCAGGACCUAAGGUACUUUGAAGACGCGGAUGCUCUUGUUGAGCUCGACGGCGAAGAGGUACCGGUUCACAGCCAGUUGCUGCGCCAGCGAUGCGAGUUCUUCGAAGGCCUGUUCCAUGGGCGAGCCGGCGGCAUGUGGCUUGCUGGCCGUCGCGAUGAACUAGACGAGGAAGAACUUGUCAGGGUGGACUUGAGUCAUUGUGAUCCUGAGGCGUUCCAAUAUGUUCUGCGAUACCUCUACGCAGACGUCGGAACGGAGCUCUUCAACCAGACCACAUCAGCCAAUAUUGACGAUUUCUCUGACCUGGUAAUGGGCGUCAUGAGCAUUGCGAAUGAACUCAUGCUAGACCGGUUGUCCCAGGUCUGCCAAUACAUCAUCGCACGUUUCGCCAAUGCUCGAAACAUCGCCUUGCUGCUCAACGAGAUCAGCGCAUGCUCGGUUACGGAGUUCAAGGACGCGGGGUUAGAGUACAUUUGUCUGCAAAUGGAGGCUGUGCUGGAAAACCACUUCUUGGAUGGCUUGGAGGAGGAUCUCCUAGAGGAGUUGGAUAACGUUGUCCGAGAAAACCAGCUAGCUCGCUAUCCUUUCGCCAGAAGUGGACGGGCCGAGCUGCUCUUGUUUGAGAAGGACCCCGAUCUGGCUCUCGAUAUUGACGAGGAACGCCGCCGAAGAGUACGCGAGAUGGCCUUCCGGGUUACGCAAAGAGACGACGAAAAGAAGAUAUCAUCAUCUUUCAAGACCAAAUUUGGCAGUCUUGAAGACUUGUCCGGCGUCACGUCUCCCAGUUUGGACAAAUCUCGGCGCAAGUCCAAGACUGGCCGCAACGAGCCGUUCAGUCCCAGCCUCAGACCCAAGGAAUCCCAUGCCGAUUUGAUGUUCAACAUGGACGACGAGGGACCUUCCGCUCUAGGUAGCCCUACAGUAUCACCCACGCAAAGGGCUGCCGAGGCCAAGAGCCAGUCCGAAUUGGACCGGAUUCCGUCGUUGUCUAGUCCCUGGAAAGACACCAAGGUUCAGGCAGGCUCGCCGCAAUACCCAGUGCAAAGCCCCCCGAUGGGUACAUCCGCCAACCUCGGCAUGAGUCCUUCACCGACAGACUCACGUGGGCCGACUGCCCAAAGGUCUGGCAGCCCGUGGGCAGCAGCAGCAUUUCCAACCCAGAAGAUGGACCUGCGUCGGGUUCUGACGGAGACGCCCACAAAGUCUGCCUUGUCCGCCGGCAUUGCCGCGCAAAAGAGCAAGGAGGCGUCGCCGAAGCCCGCGCAGCCCAAGGUAUCGCAAAAGGAGCGGAAGAAGCAACAGCUAGCACAAGCCGCUGCUCAGGCGGCUCUCGAGGCUGAGGUCUCGCAGCCGAAAGCAGCCUGGGACAAGGACGCAGCUGGCAACAAACCCGCCCCCUGGAAGCCUGUAACGAGCGGGCCGAAGACGUCGUUGAAAGACGCACUGGCCAAGGGCUUGGCUAAACCGGUAUCGCCACCAGUGGACAGCCCAUCUUCAAAGCCGCUACUCUCAGUCGAGAGUUCAGCGAGAUCUUCACCGCGGAGGGCAGCUUCACCGGACACGCGGUUCCCGGGUCAAUCACGCGUCAGCAGUUCCUCUCCAGCCGUGGCCGGCGCCUCGACGAGUCAGCCUGCGUCGUCGAAACCGCUGGUCCCGCACUCCAAAUCUUACAUUACGCCCGCGAACAAGGCCGAGCCCAUUUUGGGAUUGAGUAUGGCAGACAUUAUCGGCCAGCAGAAGCGGGAGCAAGAGAUCGUCAAGGAAGCCGUGGCGAAGAGGUCGAUGCAGGAGAUCCAGCAAGAGCAGGAGUUCCAGGAGUGGUGGGACCAGGAGACGCGGCGGGUGCAGGAGCAGGAGGCGAGGCGGGAGACCAAGGAUAAGACGGCGAGGGAGGGCAGGGCGCAGAAGGACGGCGGCGGCGGAGGCGGCAGCAGUAGCAAACGAGGGCGUCGGGGCCGGGGCGUCGCCAAGGGUAAAGCAUCCGGUGGCGUUCCUCCGGGCCAAGACCACGGCGCCACCACCGCCAGCAACGCCGGUAACGUCGAUGCCGGAGGGGUACCACCGGCCAAGGCGCCCGGUGGCCCGGCGAAUAACUCCCGAGGGCGUGGUUACCGUAACCGGGGGAGAGGUGGGAAAGCAUCGGCAUCCGCAGCGGCAUCUACAUCUUGAUUUUCUGCGUCUUUGUUUACAACUGAUUUUCUAGGGCGUUUCAAGGUGUCACGGAGCCCGACAAAAACCUCGAGGCAUGGUUUACCAUUUGGGAAACACGGCAAUUGGGUUUUCUAUUUUACACGAGCAUUGGGGGACACCAACUUUGUGUUGUUACCAAAUGUUAUCAAAUUGCUUUCCGCUUGGUCACAAUAGACGGAACGAGAAGACAGACAGACGGAAAGAGAGAGAGACACAC